AUGGCUCAACAGAAGUGUGGGACGAUGACUUCCACAAUCUACCGCGCGGAAACCGCAAUGACUAUUCUUGUGAUGGUUGCUUCAUGGUGGGAGGAGUACCAUGAAGAGGAAUAUUCAGAGCAAAACUCUUCUGUUCCUUCCGUCAGCUCUACAAGCGAUGACUCGGAUAAUGGUGAUGAAGGGAGCGAAACAUACGCCGACUCCGGCAGCCAAGGUAACAGAGAAAGGACUGUUGAAGAGGAUGAUAUCAAUUCAGAGCCGGGAUACUACGACAGCAGCAGUGAAUAA